UCGCUCUCGGUCGAGAUUUUGGCCGAAACAGAAUCAUAACGUUUUUAUUCGAUUGCCCGUCGUGUGUAGAUCUUCUUGGUUGUACGGUACAUUGGCUUUAUCAUAUCAUCGAUGGAAAAUGUUGAUCAGUAGAAGACAUCUGUGCAAAGAAACCAGUCUGUAUUAAAGCAGAACUCGAGACAUCGCACUCCUCCCCAUCGUCCCUCGUCUUCACUCCAUCAUCAUGGUGACAGAGAAAGGAUCCAAGCAUCCUACCCUCCACAGGGAUCCAAGCAGGGAGCCGGUGGUCCUUCCCUGUGACCUGGGGACAUGGCCCCUGGUCCAGGGAGCCCUCACCAGGAUGCGCAAGGUCACCACCAUGUCCGAGACCAUGCCCAUCCUGGACCACGUCUACGCCCUCAUCCACGGCGGGACCAAGUCGGCGGACGUCCGUAGGACCAAGGCAGCAACGGUCAUGGCAGGGUUGGUCCAUUUCCUGGAGGCGAUUGCGACGCAGGAGGAGAGGAUACUGUUCUUUGACCAGACCUUGCCCAUGAUUGUGGACCUUGCUCUGGCUCUUGGAGACCUGAAGCCGCAGGAGGGCUUCUUCUACAGUGUCCAACAAAUAGGAGGUGAAGGCAGACUACCCCGGAGGUUUGUAGCUAGCCUGAUGGCUCAUCUGUUUCUAUGCACGCUCCCCAAUCCAUCCAGCCUCUCGCUCAAUCUAACUCACUUUGCUAGCUUCUUUGGAGUUUUGAACAUGUCAAAGGGUGAAGAUUCUCAGACUGCUAAGCUACGAUGCAUCCUGAACUACUUCAAUCGUCUAGCAACCGACUCUGUAUCCAGCGGGCCUCUAGGGAGCAUUACAUUCACUAGAAAGGUACUACCAAGAGACGAGGUGCCGAUGUUGGAGACGUGGAAGGACAGCCGACUCCAACUCUGCCCUCUAGUGGUCCGACCUGAAGGCUUGAUUGAGGAGGCAGGAAGUAGCACGCUCCAGGUUGACUUUGCCAAUGAGUACAUCGGCGGUGGAGUCCUAGGCUCUGGAUGCGUCCAGGAGGAGAUCCGUUUCUGCAUCUGCCCGGAGCUCCUGGUAAGCCUGAUCUUCAUGGAGAGCAUGGAGGAGAAUGAAGCUAUCUCGAUCAGCGGCUUUGAGCAGUUCUCGUCCUACACCGGCUACGGAUGGGGGCUGAGAUACACAGGGGACUUUAGAGAUGGUGCACAGAUCACUAGCAGUGGGGACAUCAAGACAUCUCUUGUGGCCAUCGACGCAUCCUGCAAUCCCGGAGACACCCAGUACAGGGACCCGACCCUCCUGAGGGAACUCAACAAGGCCUACGUGGGCUUCCUGCAGACGGAGCUGUCCUUGAGCAAUCAGAUGGCUGGAGAGGGGCUCAGUGAGAGCAUCUAUCUCGAUGCCAUGGACCAGUCGCAGAUGUCAACUGAAGGGGACUUUGAGACGGCCUCCGAAGGCCUUGACAGCCUGAGCCAUCCGAGAUCCGUAACACCCUCCAUCUCAACCAUAUCAGACUACAGCAACUCUCUGAGCAGAGCAAUCACUGACAUCGCAGUCAAGGACUACUGCCAGGGCAAGCGUGAUCAGGCAACCCAAAGUGAGCCCUCUCUUGACCUAGAAAUCACGGAAAAGGGUGAUGCGGGAUGCCGCCAUGAGGGCUUGAACAGCUUUGCUUCUUCGAUUGCCGGUGAUGCAGUGAGGGAGGGAUACGUGCAUGCCUCCAAGAGAUCUGCAUCAAAGAGAGCGGAGCCUGCUAAAUGUCGACGUGGACAAUCUGUUGAAGAUACUGCUGAAGAUAUCAUAACAGAUGCCAUCGACUCUCGCCAAGGUGAUGGGCAGUCUCAUGAGCAUGUUAUAUGGAAGAACGGCCAUGGCUAUCCUGAUGGGAAUAGAGACGGUAUCGCUCAGGAUCUUAGUGCAAUCAUUGACGACAUCGUUGGUGUCGUCAUCAAGGAAGCCCUUGCGGAGAUCGCUGGGAUGUGCGUGUCUGAAACGAGCAGCCACCGAGGCCCAAGCUUGGAAGGCUACAGUGUGAUAUCCACAUGGUCAUCGUCCAAGUCGGACAGCUUUGUCCGGAUUGACAUGGACAGUGACUUCAGCGCUAGUGGCACUCGAAGCGUAGGCAGUCUGUCGAGUGUUGGCUCUGAGAAGGUUGGCAUGACUGUUGAGGCAUACGUGUCUAAUGUUGUAGCAGGGGCUGUGCAAAAGAUGAAGAAGGGGGAGGUCGAUACGGAAGGACAAAGAACUCGAAAUGGGGGACAGAGUGUAUCAGGAUCUGAUAUUAAGACUGUUGCAGAAAGUAUAGUUGGCGGGGUAAUGGAGGAUGUCAAGAAAAGGUUUCAAAAGGAUGAGGAGGAUGGGAUGAGAAACUCCUACUUCAGACCGGUAGUGUCAGCAGGACUUGAUGCUUUUGCUACAAGUGUCACUGACUCUGCUGUUAAGGAUGCUAUCAAAGAGUUUUCUGCAUCAGAUCAAGGGUUUCUGUACUCGCAAUACUCGACCAUUCCAUCCACCCCUCCUCCGUCCCCUUCCAAUGCAUCCACAGGGAGCUCUAAGCGAUUCAGUCUAGAGGAUCCUUCGCAGUUGGAGGAGUUUGCUGAAAAGCUCCUCAACUCUAUUACCCCUUCUUCAAGACAUCACAGCACCAGAGGAUGUGACGGGGAGGUUGGUUAUUCAAGGUUCCAGGAGAUUGAAAGCUUUGCCAGCAGCCUGGUAUCCAGGGCAGUCACUGAUUCUACCCAGAUAGUCAGCUCAUGUGGUUUGUUUAGAAGAGAGAGUAGUUCAGGCUGCAUCAGUUCCAGAAGUUCCUUGACGGUCCCUUCAGGCAGUUCCAAGCGAUCCAGUAUGGACAGCUUCACAGAGGAUCUCCUGCGUAUCGGAAACAUUGACCCCACUGGGAGGAGGCCAAGCAAGACGGAAGAGAACAUAGCCUACUUUUCUCAAGAACUGACUCGUGUUGCAGAAGUGGAAGAGAAAUUGGGUCAGAGAAGAAAGUCAGACCUGGAAGAUUUCCAGCAAGAACUGUGCCAAAGUUCUAUAUUAGGUAACGUUUCUCAUAAGAAUGAACCUACCCAGUCCAAAAUUCAUGCUGCCAGCCGACUUGCCAACCGACUAUCUGAUGACAUCAUCUGCGAUGCCUUCUUGCAGCUAUACGGUGCGACUCCUUUCCGAGAACUCAUACGCCUGGACUCUCUGUCAGACCUUGAUUCUGGUGGAGGGAAUAGGCGAAGGAGCUACCCCCGCCGUGGCUUCAGAACAUCAUCAGUAUCCUCCUGUUCCCUUUCGGUCAGGAGUACCAUCUCUGAAAUGGAUCUGGUCACCCUAGCCUCCAACCUGGCCAACUCGAUCAUUGAAUCAGCGCUGCAGACAUACAAGGACGAAUACCUGACAGCACAGCGACUAGCAGCUGAGAGCAUCACUGAGGACAGUCAGCUUCAGGACACGAUGGACGAAGCCUCCAUCUUGGCCACCUACGAUGGCUCCAACCUUGAUCGCCAGGAGACAGCGUGUACAAGUCUCGCAGGAGAACUGCCGCCUGUACUCUCCAUCCACGAGACGGCCGGGUGCAUCGUAGAGAAGGCUGUCCAAGAUGCAGUAGUCAUGUACCAGGCUUCCUUAUCGAGCACCGCAAGGGUCGCUAGGCACCCCGUGGGGACUCCUGCCAGGAGGCCUAUAGCUACGGGAAACUGGGGAUGCGGUGUGUUUGGUGGUGACCCGCAGCUCAAGUCUCUCCUCCAGUGGGUGGCUGCGUCACAGUGCAGGGCGCCAUCAUUGUUCUACUACAGCUUCAACGAUGAAAGAGUUCGGCAGCUUGAACAGGUAACACUGAAGAUCCAAACCAAGCGUUGGAGCGUCGGCGACCUUAUGCGCAUCGUCCAUGAAUACUGCCAUCUGGUGACAACGUCUUCGGAGCAGUCGGGACACGGCCUCUUUGACUACAUCUUGGGUUUGCAAUGUUGAUUGAUUGAUAUGCGUGUGAUGUCGUGAAUAUACGUCCUUUUUCUUCCUCUCUCUCUCGUGUGAUAUAUAAAACGCAAUGAUUUUCUUGAUUAUACACCAACUAAGCAAUCACUACUUAAUUUUUUUUUUCAUGGAAUGAAUUCGCAACAUUUUAUUACUAUGAAACUAUUGUAAUGUGGAGUGAUUGUGUAAUGUGUAUGAAUAAUCAAGAUGCAACACUUGGUUGUAAUUCUGCAGAAUGAUGUGUUUUUUAUACUACUUGCCGUAACGGGAUUACGUAUAGUUACGUAAUCUUUUGUUCGCAAACUUCUAUAUGGUAUUUACAUGUAUGUGAAUGUAAAUUGCAAAGGGAGUAAAGUUAUUUGAAAAAUGUCAAUACCAGUUUGUUGUUAGCACAUGGUACAAAUGACCAUCAAUAUAACAGAUCUUUUACACAUGAACAAGUCUUACUUUGUUAAUUUUGAAAUUGUCACUCCAAGCUUGAUGGAGGUGAUACAUAAAUCAAUGAUUUGUUUCCCAUUUUUUUUUUUAAAGGAAACUUCCAUUUUUGUACCAUGGACUGUAAUGUAGGUGCAUAAAUAAAUAAUUAAUUAAUUCCUUAAGCCUGUUUCCUGUAUCUUUCCUGGGUGGCUUUUGCUAGUAGUCACAAAUGUCCUUUAUCUGCUCAUGCGCAAAUAUAACAGAGUCCCUACGGUCAUGGAAAAAACCCGGAAAAUCGUGGGUAAAUUCUUCUGGAAAGUCGUGGAAAAUGAAGGAAAAAAAGUCUCCCAAACACAGAUACAACACAGAUGAAUACAUUUUCUAUUGAAAUGUAAUUCAUGGAGAAAAGGUCUGCAAUAGCAUAAUGCAAAACAUUACCACGGCAAAGCAUUUCAUCAUCAUGGAUUCUCUCUACCCAGGAAUGGAAAGGAUUAUGGAGUUAUCACCUGAAGUGUAUUCCACACGUCGUGUGUCCAGACAGGUUGGUUAUCUGAACAGUUGAUUUAAAGCAGUAAUUUGAAGAAAUUUGUUGCGGCAGUUGACUGCGUCAUAUCUGAAUGAACCUUUAAUGUACAUGCACCACACUUUACAAAGUAAAAUAUACAUAUGUGUGUGGUCUAACUGCAGCUAAACAAAUUUAAAACAUUUCCUUCUACUGUAAUUAACGGUGUA